CUUUCGGAUAUCACAUGGUCAAGUGGCCGAGAAAGCAGAACAAAGAUUACGAGUGUGCUAGUCCCAACCUCAGGAAAGUAUCUGGUGCUUCACUGUUGAGUAUGGCGCUUUACCUUAUCAAAAGAUUGCCCAAAUACAUUCGGCUGAAAACUUAGAAAAGGAUGUGCUUCAGGGCAGAAGCGUGUCUCUUGAACCAGUGUGACUACAGCCUUCAUCGCCGUCAUCGACGAGAAUAUUACUACCCUAUUUCUGGUUCUGGUUUCUGACGGGAUGGCUGGGGCUAAGUACCUUCUCAAAACGCCGAGUAAGUUGCAGUCGUCAGGAAUGUCUGAGAUCUCCGAAUCCACAGAUACAGAAGGACUGAGUACUGACAGCACCUUGGGGACCACUGUCACCACGUGUAAAAAGGUGCUGUGCAACAAUAAUUUGCCGGAAUCCACAGAGUACUGGCUACAUAAUGAGAAGGUCCUUAGCAGAAUAUGUUUUAUGGAAGACAACACCGACAAUGGCUGCACCGCAGUCUGCUUUGCAAAUAUGGACCGACACAAAGGGAAUCAGCGUGAUGCCAGCUGGCUGAAGAAACUGGCCUUUGUGUCUCCCGUUUUGCCUAAACUUAUGGAUUCCCUAAGCAUGCACCAGCUAAAGGAGAAUGAGAUCCUGAUCCACAGUGGCCUAGAAUCUCCACGUUCCUGUCCAUCUGAUUCCACUUUUGAACAUAUCUCUUCUCAGAACCAGUGUGCGGGUGUCUGCUUGGUCCAGUAUGGGGGUAAACAGCAACCUACCAGUCCUUGUAGCAUGGUCUUCGAGGUAAACAAGUUCCUGAUUGGCCUGGAGUUGUGCCAAGAACGGCAGACCUGCAACCACUUGGUAGGCCAUCGAGUUGAGGAUGACACCAACCGCUCCUUGUCCUCCAUUGAAGAUGACUUUCUGACAGCAUCUGAGUACUUCGACAGUGAAGAAGAUGCACUACGAAAUGAUGCAGAGAGCACUGAUGUGGCCGUUAAGGAGAAGGGAAGCAGGCUGAGACAUCACAAAAGACACAUAAGCAAACAAGAAAGGAACAAUGAUUCAGAAGUGACAAUCCAGGCAUCCUUUAAGAUGUUUCCUGCGAGCUUUUCCAGUGGGGCACAACAAAGACCCUCCUGCAAGGCUCAGUCUGAGAGAUCUUCCUGCAAGGUUCAGUCUGAGAGAACCUUCUGCAAAGCUCAGUCCGAGAGCACUGGCCAUUACGCCAUUAACUUAGCAGAGUCUGUCCUGCAAGAUGCCUUCAUUUGCCUCUCCCAGGAUGAAGCGACAAAAGCUACCCAUGCAGAUUCAAGCAUGUCCGAAGGGACACAUCCCUUUCCAGAAGAACUUCCUCGGCUACCAACCUAUUCCUUUGAGCUCCCUAAAAUUGUUAUUGUGCAAAGUCCUGAUAACCAGGAAGAAGUGUCAGAAUGGUCAGAAACAAGCCCCUUGCCCAUCUUGUCAGAGCAGAUGUCAGCUUCUGCACCCUCUGAGAACAUGCCUCCGGCCUGUGGCUUCUUCUCAUCGGGACACCCCCCCAGAUCUGUGGAGCUGGCCCUAGCAUGCGCUGCUAAUGUUAUUGGUACAAUUUCUAGCCCUCAAGUGACUGAACAAUUAUCACUUCAGCCAAGGCUAGGAGAUAAGGAUGUAGAACAGAAAGACGGUGUGGAAUACUCUUUUUCCUCUGCUCUGUGUGGCAUGGUACAGGUGGCAGGAGCUAUUGCCAUUGUUGAUCUUGCUGAGGAUGCAGGUGAGCUUGGUAAAAAAGUUGAUCCAGGGAUCUGCUGUCCUUCCAUUGGGUUAAUAUCUACAACUGAAGCCUCCUCUGCUGUUACUUUCCAACACAGUGUUGCUGAGGGAACAAGCAUCAAGGCAUCUUGUGCAAAUAUUGCUGAAAUCCUCCUCAAGGAGGCAUUUGCUGUGCUAAGUCAGUCAGAAGACCAGAGUGUUAGGGACUUCCUGGAAUCUACUCAUGAUAAGAUUGUGAAUAGUAUUUCACAUCCUAAAUUGUCCUGUUCAGAUGAAAGAGAGGUGCAGGAGUUUGCUCAUGUGAUUGCUGAAGGUAUUUUCAAGCAUGCAUGGGAGAAAAGCAUCGAAAAGAAAAAACUUGAAGGUUCUGAUAUUACAUUAUUCCCCACCACACACAGUUUUCUAUAUGAGUAUGUGAACAAUCUGCUAUUUGAUGUUCUCUGUAUCACAUCAAAGAAGAUCACAGACGUUUUAACAACUAAUAAUGGAUCAGGUGAUAGACAAGAUGAUGAUGUUAAAAAAUUUGACAAUCCUGAUAUUAGGAAAAGCAAGGAACUAUUAAGCCGAAUACAUCAUCUUGCUCAAACUAUCCAGCCUGAUACUUCAGAAAAACAGAACAACCUCGUUCAAGGCAUAAAUAUAAGGUCAGGUGUCACUGAGUGCAAAUAUAUGAAAAAAAAAGAAGAGGAACAGAUAUGUGGUUCUGCUAAUUCAAGUUCUGUCCAGGCCAAAGACCAGACUAUAGCUGAUCAGAUGAAUGAGAUAUCACUUUCUGUUACAGAAAGCUCUCUCCUUCAGAGUGAUUUGGGUCAGCAGAAUAACACAAAAGAAAACAAAAAAAUAUUCUCUUUAGAAGUAAAGCAAUCUUCAUCAGAUGUCUCCAUCAAUAAUGGAAUCACAAUGAAUACUGAGAUACACAAAGCCAAAGUUUUAAGAGAUGGUGAACACAAGUCAUUCUCUUUGAUCACCCAGUUGACUCCUCAGCAUUCCUUGUCUUUUGGAGGGUCUGCUGUUGUGACAAAAAAGGAUGCAGAAACCAGAUCAACAAUGUCUUGUUUUGCAGAUGACCUGGCCACCACUGUAGUUUCCAUGGCUACAGAACUGGCAGCAAUAUGUCUAGAGAACUCAAGUGGAAAGCAGCCCUGGUUCUGUUCACUGCAGACCAGAGUUAGGGAAGGUCCCGAAAGCUACCUGCUACCAUGUCGCACAGCAAGAAGAAAGGAAGCACAGUGUGGUGCAGUGGUCACCAAAAAACACCGGCCACCACGCCUUAGUGAGAUCAAGCGCAAGACAGAAGAGCAACCAGAACUUAUGGAGCGACUGGUGAACCGUGUUGUAGAUGAGUCAGGGAUCUCAGAUGAACCAACUGACCCAUUUGCAAAGUUUGCCUCUGAGGUCACCGCUAAGAUCAUGAACUGUCCAGAGCUUAGUUUGAUAGAUACCUCCAAGCCAGGUCAGCCCAGGACUCGGCUUCAGUGCACAGCCAUGGAACGUUGGAGCCGGGGGAAAGCAUCGAGCUAUGAGAGCAUCCCGGAGGAGGACACAGACACCUACAACUUGGCCCACACACUUGGCCUAGGAAGCCGUUUGGGUCAGAACCUCAGUCGAGGAAGCUCAAUUUCCAAGCAGUCCAGCUGUGAAAGUAUUACAGAUGAGUUCUCCAGGUUCAUGGUAAACCAGAUGGAGAAUGAAGGCCGGGGCUUUGACCUGCUGCUGGAUUACUAUGCAGGCAAGAAUGCCAGCAGUAUCCUAAAUGCUGCUAUGCAACAGGUGGUCACCAAGAAGAAUGGACAUUUGAACGUGAGGUCCACUUGCCUCUCCAAGCAGUCAAGCACAGAAAGCAUCACAGAGGAGUUCUACAGGUUCAUGUUGAAAGACAUUGAUAAGGAGAGUAAAGAUUAUAGUAUAUCAAAAACUAGAGAGUGGAACAACAGCCUUUUGCCCCCAUCUCACAGGACACCCUUAUGUUUCCGACAAUCAUCAAUGCCCGACCGGCGCUCAUCUGACUCAAGACUCACCGUGAACUCCCCUGUUAAAGCCAAUUCUUUUGAUGGCUUUGCUCGAAAUUCACAUGGAGACAGUCUUAAUAUUUUUCCUGCUAACACUGCAGCCAUGGUCCUCUGUAAGUCAGACUCCUGUUUGUAUCAAAAGGGCAAAACAGACCAGAUUACAGAUAUGCUGAUCCAUGAAACCUGGUCAAACUCAAUUGAGUCCCUAAUGCGCAAAAAUAAGAUCAUCAUGAACCCAGAGGACAGUGUGGAUCUAGAGGUUCCAGCUGAUUUGCAGCCACAGGUUGAGCUGUUUGCCAACCGUCUGGCAGCGGAUAUUGUUGAAAGUGGGAAGUCUGUACUUGGGAGCCAGUCAGAGAAUCUACGUGGCCAGCAGUCCCGUCCAGUGGGGGAAAGGAGAAGAGGCUUCAAACAGUCACGGCCAUGCUGGAGUAACAAUAAUUAUCAGGACCAGCAGGCUAGCACUAAAGGGAAUGAUAAUAUCAAUGCAAGCUCUCUACCACAACAGUCCAGGAAAGUGCCUCUCAUUCACAUUGAGGGAGAUCUGAAGGAAAAUCUCUCAGAAGACACAAAGAACAUCAGGGAAUUGCCCCAGAAAAACUCUUCUCUGAAAUGCAAAGAAUUUGUGAAACACUCCAGCGAGAAUGAGAGGGCAGGAGUGUCUGCUGGGUGUGAGCAGGAGCAGCUUCCUCUUAGUGCCAGCAGUGAGGAGAGCACAGGAAGCUGGUCUCACAUCGCUACGGACGACGACCCCCAUGAGGAGACAAGCAGCUAUAUCCAGCUAAGUGAUGGAAACGGUAACAGUAGUGCGUCAAGUCUCGGUAUAGCGGACCUGGAGACCUUCUCAGACAUCCUCUUGCCAAGCACGCUGGUCAGUGCAACAGCUGAAAAGGAAUCUAUAAAGAGCAGCCAGGAUAAUGUGGAUGAGGGCACGUCUGGCCAUUCCGUGGGUGGCAGCAGUAGCCACAGAGAAAUGCUUGUGAUGAAUCUUGACCUGGAGCCUAAUUCUAUGGACUCUGAAAUGCAAGCAGCCUUGCAGUGGAUUGCAGCAUCAGAGAUAGGCAUCACCACCAUCUACUUCAAGAAGUCUCAAGUCAAGAGGAGAGAAAAGUUCCUAGAGGUUGUGCAGUUGGUUACCCAGAAAUCCUGGCGAGUCGGAGACCUCUUCCAUGCCAUGGUGCAGUUUUGUAAACUCCAGGAAGAGAACAGGGACUCUGUUUCCAGCCUGUUCGAUUGGCUGCUGGCCACCAAAUAGACCUCACCCACCACAGUCAAAACCCUCCCUUUCAUUUGAAGCCCACCGAAUCGCAUCAGUACUACAACUGUUUCUGUCCUGUGGUGGCAGCCCAGCUUGCUGUGUUUGUUUCAGUGUCGUGUUUCAGUUUCAUCAACAUUGUUACUGUCUUUGAAAUUAACUAAAGACCCUUACUGUAACCACCCUCAACCAUCGUCACCUGUCACCAGGGUGAAAGAUAUAUUGAUUGCACUUUUUAAAAAAUGGAAAAAAAAAUUGCAACAUUGAUCCCUUUAAAGCAUGUUUCUCAUUUAAAAUGCACAGGAAUAAAACAUUAUAUGUAAUAAGAAAAAAAUAGAUGCAAAGCAAACAUUUAGCCUGCUAUUUUUAAUAUAUUUUUUUAAUUUGAAGCUCAAACCACAGAUAGUUGCAUCAUUCAACUCACUAUUAUCCUGUCUUUCUACAAAGUCACAUGCAUUGAAAAAUAAUGAAAUAAAUCAGGUCAUGCACCAUUAAUUUUAUUGCAAUUUUUAAAGUAAUUUGUGAUCAUGUCAAAUUAUUUUACAUAAUUGUAUAUACUGUAGAUUUGAAAUGACUGCACUAGAAUACAAUGCUCUUAAUACUAUUGAUUUAUGAAGUAGAAUAUAGAUUUCAGUGUAAACAAAUUUCUAUGUGAAUGUUUUGUUUGACCUGUGUUACUGUUACUGUAAUGUUGUAUUAGCAUUCAAAAUAGACCGUUCUAACUAUAAGUGAGUGUUAAUAAAUUUGUCAAAAUGUGUA